AUGCUACGACGAACAAUUCCACGGGCGACUGCGCGCUCGCCACAGUUACUGCGCAAGCCAUACCGGCGCUGCUAUGCAACAGAGCCCAUCGCGCCCCCAGCCUCCUCCCAGUCGCGCAUCGAGCGCUUCAAUCGCCGCCUACCAAGAUUCCUGCACAAGUACACCAAUGCGCUCGGCAAUGCGCCAGUCACCCACAUAACGUCAUUUCUCAUCCUUCACGAACUCACGGCCAUAAUUCCCUUGUUCGGGCUCGCGGGCUAUUUUCAUUACACGCACUGGCUACCGCCGUGGUUCGCCGAAGGGGCUUGGAUUGCUUCGGGAGUUGAGCGCUUUGGUCGCUACUUCAAGCGCAAGGGCUGGAUACGUAGUGACGAAGCCCUAGAAGCUGAACGUGAAGUCGACGAGAUCCAGAAAGAUGACAAGCAGCGGAGAUGGAUGAAGGGUAGCGGUUUGCUGUCGGCAUCAGACGAUGACGGGAUUGGCAGCGAGACAAAGAGAUUGAGGAAAGUGGAUCAGGCUUGGAAUAUCAGUGAAGGCGGUGUCAGACUCGUGGUCGAGUUUGCGACUGCUUACGCCAUUGUCAAAAUGUUCUUGAUUCCAAGGAUUGUGUUCAGCGUUUGGGCUACUCCGACCUUUGCAAGAUGGACGGUUUCCCCAUUUCUGAAGGCGUUUCGCGGCAUGUUCAGGAAGAAGGGAAAGAGCACUGAAGCUGUCAAGGGAGGCGCUGCACCCAAGACUAAUAGUGGAAAGAAUUCGAGGUCUGCAAUGGCCGACGCUAUCACGCAGAAGACUAUCACCCACGCUUUGGCAGGUACUCUCAAACCAUGGUCCCUCGAGGUCUUGCUGGAGGUGGCUACCCUGGCUACUCGUCUGGGUAUGCAAAUGGUACUGGAUAUCAUAUCGGGGCCCGCGAUGUUUUGGGGGUCAAUUCAGCGAUAUACCCCAUUCUGGCUUUCACAUCUACUCAUCAAACUUGCAAUAUCGCAAUCACCACCAGAUAUUCGCAAAGACUGGCUAUCAAUCAUCAUAAUGGAAGCAUACCCAAAGCCCCGCCACCAGUACAUCUAUAAUCCCCGAUACGGACAACGUGGCCUCCUCACCUAUGCCAGCCAGGCCGCCAAUGGCGCCGCACCCACCGGCGUCGUUGGAGGCGGCUUUGGCUACGGUGGGUUUGGAGGCGUUGGCGUUGGUAUGGGUGUAGGAUAUGGGGUAGGUGCUUACCAACCUGCGCUAUACAACGCCCGUCCCCUGUACCCUCAAACUUACGCCACCAACUACUACUCCCCGAAUUACUCUUAUCCUUCCUACGGAGGGGUCUAUGGCUACUACAACUACAACUUGUAUGGCUCGCUGUACCCACUUGCUAACUUCUAUUACCCCUACCAGAGGACCUACUACAAUACAGUACCCACUUAUGGCUACACGGCGCACGUCUACCCACCCGGACCGACUACCACUACCACUACCACUACCUACCACGUGACGAACAGCCAGGCUCAAAACUAUUCAACACCCAUCACACAAACGGUCAGGGAGACGAGACCAGCAUACGUCCACAGUCACGCGCAGCAAGGCCCCACACGCGAGGACAUCCAGAUGGAGAGUCGGAGGAUUGCGACAGAGCGUGGCUCGUACGAUCCGCGCAAGAUUAGGCCAGCCGAUGCACGCGACGACGAUCCCUUCUGGUGUCGCGAAAUCAACGGAGAGUGGCAUCUCAGGUCAUACUACCAGAUCGAGAACGAGUGCCAUCCCGGUCGGUGGAUGAUGGAUGCUGAUAUCGGCUUCCUUGUUUUUCACCGCGCGUGA